AUGGCUUUCAGUGGUAGUUCUGUUUUUUAUCUCGGGCUUUUUUGCGUUCUUUCUGUCAUAGCAAAAGAGAAGGUAUAAUCAGUUGUUAGACAAAAUUAUAUUUUAAUAAAAUAUAAAAAACUUUCGCAGCCCAUUGUCUUACAAAAGGGCAACAUAGAGAUUAUCCUAGAAUCCCUGGAGACGAAUUGUGAUCAUGAUUAUGUGGAGUACUUCCAAAAGGUGCCCAAUACAAAGCUUCUAUAUACUUUUCGGGUGGUAAAAUUGGCCCCUUCUUUUACCAUCAAUAUUACAAUGAAAGUGCUCAAAACUCAGAGAGUUUUGUACAAGAUGGAGGAUAUUAAGGGCUGUGACCUUUUGAACAACCCAGUGCUGUUCAAAGUGUUUGGCGAGACCUACAAACACCUGGUGGUCAAUGGCAGUUACUUUAAGUGCCCCAUCAAGCCCAAGGUUUACUAUCUGAAAAAUGAGGGCACCAUGUCAAUGAUUCCCACCGUUCAUCCACCUGGUCGCUUUCAACUAACGACGAGGAUAAAAAUGGCAGAAAGUCGACAGCCAUUUGUAAUGGAAAUGCUGUGGAAAUACAAAAUUGUACGCAUCAAAUAA